CACCCAAAAGGAGCGCAAGUCGAAAGGUUCGGAAAUGGGAAACCCUGUACCGAAACAGUCUUAAACUUGAUCAAGUAUCACCAGUGGGGAAAGGGGGGGUUAAAAACAUCACGUGAUUAAUGGACGGCCCCUUAGACACACUGAAAUCUCUGACGUCUAGUCUUCGGGAUUUUCAAUUGUUAUGGGAUAAUUUGGAUUUGAUAUUCAUUAGAAUCAAUGAAAUCUUUUCGAAUAUCUGGAAUCCUUAGAAUAUCUUUUGUAUUUUUGAUCGUUUGGAGUCUGUUGUAUCAUUGGAAUCUUUGACUAUUUUAGGAUGUUUGAUCUUUGGGAUUUUUGAAAUAUUUGAUCUCUGGAAUAUUUCUAACUGUUUUGAGUCUUUGGAAUCUUCAUUUCAUAUCCUUUUCUCCAAUAUCGACACUUCUAUUCUACUAAAACCACACGUAGAGGUCACGACCUAAUUAGAUUGUCAAAAUUACUUAAUUAAUUUAGUGCACCGUAAAAGAAUUUCAAAGUUUCAUCGAGACUGAGUAAUUGAGGUUAACGAUAUUAUGUAAAUGCCAAGCCCCAAUAAAUGUCCAGGAGGCAGGAGUAACGAAUUUUAUUAUCUGUCAUGGCGCGAAAGAAGACUACAAGAAUUUAAAGUAAACAUCCAAACUGGUCUAACGACACCACCGGCGCGUGACCUCAAAAAACGCAGUUGUUUACAUCGGAACGAUUUUAUUGCUCAACCUAAGGAAUUUGUAUUCCGCCAGCCUAUAAGAAUAAUAAUAUACUCGAUAUUCUAAAUUUAGCUACUAGUGAAACACUCGAGAUUUCGCUUUUUAUUGAAAACUGGAUGCUCUUUGAAACGCGUUGGAUGGGUUUGAUAAUAAUAAGUUACUUAUAUACAGAGUGUCACGAAUUGGUGCACGAAAUAAAUUUCGAUUGGGCAGCAAGUAUUCCGUAAAAGGCCAAAAUAUGUUACUAAUCAUAAUUUCAUCAUGUUUUCGUUUCAUCGUCCAAAAGUUUAUAGAUCAUCAACAGGGUGCUGUAUUUGUAAAGCAAAGUCUAGCAGCUCGCGAUUUACCGAUAGCAAAAAAUACGAAGACGACUUCUUGGAGUGCUUCCAACUGUCAACUCCACGUCAAGGCGAAAUAUGUAAUGCGUGCGUGCUGCUUGUGAAACGGUGGAAGAAGCUUCCAGCCGGUUCUGACCGUAAUUGGAGACAUGUCGUCGACGCAAGAGCCGGUCCAGGUAUAAAAUCAAUGACGAAAGUCAAAAGUAAGAACAAAAGACUUGUAGACAAUAACGGCGAGAAGAAUGUCAAGAAGAAAAAACACUUCGAGCGCGAGUAUAGUCCCGCGCUCUCGGAGAAGAGCGACGGAUCUCCCGAUAUCGAAAUGGCCGACGUGGAAUUUUUCGCCGAAAACGUUCCGAGUAGGUUGUCGAGCGGUGCUGCUAGUCCGGCGGCUAGCGAUUGCGAAGAUAAUUUCGGUCAUAGCCGACGCCACAAGUCCCUAGCUAAACGAAGAGAGAACACGCAUGAAGUUAGUGGGUUCAUCGAUUUAGAUUAUUGGAAACAAGAGAGCGUGUGCUGUGGAAUAGUAUUUCGUGGUCCGAAUAACGAAUUGCUAGUCGACGCGAGAUUUUUAAAACCGUGCAACGCGCGCCUGGCCAGUAUGAAGCAGCACGGUUACAAUUCCGUCAAGGCGACGGGCGUGAUUGCGGACACGUCGUCGAUACCGAAGAACUAUAGCGACAAUAGUUCGGAUUCCGGAUACGACGAGUGCUCGAAUCCGGGCGCCGUAGAUAAUAAUAAUGCCUUUAAGAAAGCGGCGCCGCAUCUAGAGGACGAACUGCGGGAUUGUAACGGUAAUUAAUAAUACGCUCUCUGUAGAUUGUUUUAAUUUAUUGAUGCUGUUAACUAAUGCAUAAGUUUUUUAAAUUGUAUUAUGCAUUUCUUGCAAUGCAGAUCGUCGAAAUGAAUAGUUUAUUUGAAAUCAUUUAUAUUUUAGUUGUUGAAUCGUGCAUCGUAAAUUAAUUAAUAUAUUUUGCAAUUGAUAAAUCAUUUAUUUAUAGUUGACGUAGUUAAGAAGUUAUAUGGAUAUAUUUAUUAUACUGCACACGCUGAGGUUGUGCAAAGAGAUUAUUUAUAAUGUAUUGUAAGAAAUACAUAAUUUGUCUUGCCGACAGUACAAACAAUAAGAUGUCAUCAUUUGACUGCAUUUUAUAGUAGGUAGGAUUUUAGGAUUAUUUUGAAUUCCGAAUUUCAUCUUCAAAAUUUUGUUGUUGGUGUGGGUCCAACUUGUUCAAUUUUAAACAUAGACACCAGUAAAUUUUUCGAUAAAAACAUUCUAAAUUUAAUGAGCACAUGCUUAAGAGUGCGAACAAAUCAAAGAAAUUGCCUUCAAACGUAAACAUUUAAAGGAUCGAUGCCUUUUUUCAUUUGGAAAAUAUAAAUACGUAUUUUCAAGUUUUUCUAAAAUAUUUAUCAAGAGCAAUAUAACGAAUAUAACAAAUGCUAUUCUAAAAUACAUCAUAUCAAAAUCAUGGUGUCUUCUGUGUUACUGCCAAACUAAUUAAGUGAAAAAAAUAAAAGAAACUAACAUACCAAGUGUUCCUCUUAUAAAACACAAUGUAUUUUCCAUAAAAUUCAAUUUAUUUUUAAAUAUUUAUUUCUUUACGUAUUUGUAAAUGGCAGCAAUAUAUUUUUUAGUGAUUGGUUUAAUUUAAGAAUUACAUUUUGUCGUUCUUGCUUUGUGAUUACAUAGUUUUAACAAAAUUGAGCAGGAGCACAAAAUGUUUAUUGACUGGAUCACUAGUCGUUAUUUUUUAACAUGUAAGCAAUGAAAGGAAUCACUAGUUUUAAUUUCAUUUUUUAUGCUACGGUGACGGGGUUGGUGUUCGGGAAGUUCUCUUUCUCAAAUUUCUCGAGAUUUUAUUUAUUAGGACAGUAAAUUUAAAAAUUCAAAAAAAUACAAUUAUUUUUAAGGGAAGAGAUUAAAAAUAUACCUAUAUUUAAAAAAAAACCAGAUAUAUAGCAAAAACCAUCAAAAUGGGUAAGUAAUUGAAUAUUUUGCUUGUUUCGUUUUUACAAUUUUUGGUGUACCAAUGCUAACUGAUCUACACCU